UCAAAUCAUUUAUUCUCAAUAUAAUAUAAUGGAUGGCAAAACAGCCAUUAAAUAUUUUAUGAAAUUAAGUCGAAUUAGCCUUCAAAUUUCGGGCGUUUGGCCCGAUUCAGAAAAAGGUGAUUUAUUAGCAUUUGUCCAUUAUGCUGCAAUGGCAGGCUAUUUAUUCAUCAUUAUUGUUGUAUUGCAAUCAAUUAAAUUAAUUAUAAUUUGGGGAGAUGUCGAUGCUAUGAGUGAUAUUUUGGCAUUUGGUUUAUUAUUUUAUGCAGUGGCUUUUACAAAAAUGACAUGCCUGUGGUACUACAGAAAAAAACUGAUAAAGCUUCUAUUCUAUAUGAUCCAAGAUUGGAAUAGUACAACAUCUAAGAAGGAAUAUGAAAUUAUGGUGAAAUACGGUCACUUUAGCAGGAGAGUAUCGGAUUAUUUUGUAUUAAUAAUAUUUAUUGCAACUAUUACUCGUUUCUUGCAAAUGUGCUAUGUGAAUGCAAAUGUUUUUUUUCGAAAUCAUCAUCCAAAUGCAACUGGUUUAUUGACAAUGGAACUUUAUGUACCAUACGAUUAUAAUUCAUGUCCCGCUUUUGAAAUAACAUUCAUGAUUGAUUAUUUAGCUGCAUUUUUAGGCAAUAUCAGCAAUUGCGGUACAGAUGGAUUAUUUUUUCAAAUUGGCUUUCAUUAUGUUGCACAAUUUCAAAUUUUACAUUCAAAUAUCAUCAGUUUAGUUACGGAACAAGAAAACAAAGGUUCUUCAACUGAUUUUGAUAAAAGACUUUGUCAAAUUAUACAAAAACAUGAAAACAUUAACAGAUGUCUUGGAUUAUUGGAGGAUUGCUUUUGCAUAAUGCUUCUUAUUCAAUUGUUGGCUCACAGUAUCCUUUUUUGUCUUCAGGGUUAUAGAUUGAUACAAUUUCUAACAUUACAACAAACAAAAUCACUUUUUAUGGAAGAAAUGUUUGUUGUUGAAUAUCUCAUUUAUGUUUUAUCUAUUUCAUACAUCUACUGUUAUGUAUCAGAGGCACUUGAAAAUGAGAGCAUUACACUUGGACAGUCUGCGUAUAAUUGCAAUUGGUUUUAUUUACCACCAAAAAAAAUGAGAAAUUUAAUGAUUAUUAUUCAACGUUGCAGGAAACCGGCACAAUUAACAGCGGCGAAAUUUUGUGUUAUGAACAUGCAAAAAUUUGGAAACAUUUUAAAAACAUCAAUGGGAUACUUGUCGUUAUUGCUAACAGUUAAAAGUAACCAAAUGCAUUUAUAGUAUGAAAUUGUAACAUAAAAAUUAAUAACAAUAUAUUGUUUAAAUUAAUUGUGUAUUUUUAUUUAUACGAGCAUAAAUGUUCCAAAUAACCCUGUCCCUUAAUUUAUUGUUAUAUUUUUUUGGAUUCUCAUAAAUAAAUUUAGUUAAAAAGAAUUUUAAAAAAAUAGGUAUUUAAAAUU